UUCCAUUUUGUCUGACCACAAAAUACAUGUAUAUAUAGUUCUCUCUGCACUGCAACUUAUCAUCCAUCACAGCUUUAAAACACAACUUCAAACCAAGUGCUAAGAACUACCUUAAGAGUUCAGGAAAAAAAUACAGUGCUUGAAGAAGAAAAAUGGUGUCAACUUUGAUGGCAGCUAACUCCACUACUGUUCUUAGAACCUCCCCAUUUUUGGGUCAGAACAGAGUCUCUAGUCCUAAUUCCCUUAGAGAUGUCGUUGCGAUGGGUAAUGGAAAAUAUACCAUGGCAGGAAACGAUUUGUGGUAUGGACCAGACAGAGUCAAGUACUUGGGUCCAUUCUCUGCUCAAACUCCAUCAUACCUAAAAGGAGAAUUCCCUGGUGAUUAUGGAUGGGAUACCGCUGGAUUAUCUGCUGAUCCAGAGGCCUUUGCUAAGAACAGGGCUCUUGAGGUAAUUCACGGAAGAUGGGCUAUGUUGGGAGCACUCGGAUGCAUAACCCCAGAAGUACUAGAGAAAUGGGUUAAGGUCGAUUUUAAGGAACCCGUAUGGUUCAAAGCUGGUUCACAAAUCUUCUCAGAAGGCGGUCUUGACUACUUGGGAAACCCAAACCUUGUCCAUGCCCAGAGUAUCUUGGCUGUUCUAGGUUUCCAAGUCCUACUUAUGGGUCUUGUUGAAGGUUUCCGCAUUAACGGAUUAGACGGAGUUGGUGAGGGAAACAACUUGUACCCUGGUGGAACCUACUUCGACCCAUUGGGACUUGCCGAUGACCCUGUUACCUUUGCUGAAUUGAAAGUGAAGGAAAUUAAGAACGGACGUCUUGCUAUGUUCUCUAUGUUCGGUUUCUUUGUUCAAGCCAUUGUUACCGGAAAAGGUCCUCUUGAGAACCUCUUUGAUCACCUUGACAACCCCGUUGCUAACAAUGCUUGGGUUUACGCAACCAAGUUUGUUCCCGGAGCUUAGAUAGAUGUCAAAUUUUUCAUUAUUGCUGUGAUCCCAUUUAGCUGUGAUUAAAAUGAAAUGAAUGGGGAAUGUGUGUAAAUUAUGAUUGUAAUUAGGAAUUUAAGAUUGAGAAUUCACGAAUUUGUACCAAAGAGAUUUUUAUGAAUGGAUUACAUUUCUUCUCA